CUUUCUGAAACGUAUGGCCCGGUCUUCACAGUUCAGCUGGGAAUGAGGAAAGUGGUGGUGCUGUCAGGAUAUGACACAGUGAAGGAAGCUUUGGUGAAUCAUGCAGAUGCAUUUGCUGGGAGGCCUAAAAUACCAAUCCUAGAAAAAACAGGAAAAGGAAAAGGACUUAUAUUUGCUCGUGGAGAACACUGGAAAGUGAUGCGAAGAUUUACUCUUACAACCUUACGAGACUUUGGGAUGGGAAAGAAGGCCAUAGAAGAUCAUGUUGUAGAAGAGUAUGGAUACCUGGCAGAUGUAAUUGAGUCACAGAAAGGGAAGCCCCUUGAGAUGACUCAGCUGAUGAAUUCUGCUAUUGCUAAUGUCAUUGUUUCCAUAUUGAUUGGAAAGCGGUUUGACUAUGAAGACCCCACAUUCAAAAGACUUGUGUCACUGAUGGAUGAAAAUAUGAAGCUUUUUGGAAGUCCAUCUGUGUCGCUGUACAAUAUGUUCCCCAUCCUUGGAUUCUUCCUGAAGGACAAAAAAAAUUUUCUUGAGAAUGCAGAAGUAUUCAAUGAUUUUAUCAAGGAUACUUUCACAAAGUACCUCAAAGUCCUGGACAGAAAUGACCAGAGGAGCUUCAUUGACGCUUUUCUUGUCAGACAACAAGAGGAGAAUGGAAAGGGCAAUACAUUUUUUGAUAAUGAAAACUUAAUUGAGGUCGUGAGAAAUCUGUUUAUAGCUGGCAUGGAUACGACGGCCACCACUUUGCGCUGGGGCCUUCUGCUCAUGAUGAAAUAUCCUGAAAUUCAGA